GGCAGAGCUCGGAGCGUCCAGCGGUCCCGCCGGCUGCCGGGCGGGUUGCAGUGAAGAGGGGAAGCCGCUCCCAGCCCUCCUCUGCCGGUGGCUGCUCACCGCGUUAGCCUAGCGGGGGGAAGCGGCAGGGCCAGCUGAAAGAUGGACGACGAUGACUUCGGAGGGUUCGAGGCAGCAGAGAGUUACGAGUUUGGAGCUGGUGAGAAGCAGACAACAUCCCCUGCCAUUGCCUGGGCAGCAUUUUCCACAGUAUCUGAAGUCCACGUGUCUCCUGAUGUUCUUCUGGAGCACUCUGUGCCUUCUGCCUCCCUGGCUCCUUCUGACUCAUUCAGUUUAUCAAGUGAUAACGUGGCUGAAGCUCUCCAGAGGGCCAGCAGUGCUACAAACCCAGCAGCUGUUGAAGAGCAGAUUCCAGCAGACACUGGAGUUGCCUCUUCAAAUGCGGCUGAGGACAAGGCUUCAGGUACACCCAGCAUAGCUUUGGCUGAUGCUGAGGCACAGAGAACAGGUGAAGCAAAGAGGUCUCUUCAACAGCCUGGUGCAAACUCAGAAAUCAAGCUGUGUUCUGCUGAAGAAGAAAAGCUAAAAAUCAAAAAGGAGUUGGAACAUUUGCUGGAAAAACACAGUGUUCUGGAGAUGGAUUUCUUGAAAGAAAAAAACCAAAGGGUAAUUUCACACCAAGAGCAUCACAGGACACUCCAGGAAAAGCAUAAGCAGGAGUUAGAAGACAUGAGGAGAGCUGGACACGAAGCCUUGAGUAUGAUUGUGGAAGAAUUCAAGGCGCUGCUGCAAUCCACAGUGGAGCAACAAGAAGCAGCUAUUGCCAAGCAGUAUCUGCUGGCCAUUGAAAAGCAUUCUCAGAAGUGUGAAGAACUUCUUAGUGCUCAGCAUUGGAGACUUCUUGACAUCUUGGAAGCUGAGAAAGAAGUGUUAUCAGAAAAGAUAGAGGAGGCUUUACUGCAGCAGUCACAAAAGCACAAGGAAUUGCUUGACAAGUGCUUGGAUGAAGAGAGACAAAGAAGCAAGGAGGCCAUAGCAGCUGCUGCAAAGGCUGAAAAAGAAGCAGUGCAGGAAGCUGUUCUGAAAGCUGUAGAAGAGGAGAGGAGAAAUAUGGAGAAGAUUCACGCAGAAGAAAGAAAAUCAUGGGAAGCAGAACGUGACAGACAUAAAGAGAAGAUUGCCCAGGCUGUCUGGGAAGCCAUGCAGGAGCAAAGAAAGCAUAACCAGGAGAUUGUCAAGGAAGCCUUAAUGGAGGAGCGAAAGCAAAGCGAAAAGGCAAUUGAAGCAGCAGUGAAAAGGACAAGAGAGGAACUGAUGGAGUACAUUAAAGAGCAGAAAAGGCUUGACCAAGUUGUCCGCCAGAGAAAUUUGCACAGCUUGGAACUCUUCCUCUCCUGUGCUCAGAAGCAGUUAAGUGUUUUGCUGAAGGAGGAGCCAAGCACUGCAGAGGAAAGCAGAGACUGACCUCGGUACCACUGCUGCCAUGUGGUUUGUGAGGCUGCAAAUCUCCACCCAGCAAAAUGGCAAAUAUCUUCUGAUCUUGUGGGAUUGUGUCAUGGCUUCAAGGCUGAUCUGAAAUGAUGCUUGAUAGAAGUAUUUGUGGUUGGUGUUCUUUAUUUAUCUUACAGGUGCUAUCAGAUUGCAGAUACGGGAGAGGGAUAAAAAAAGCUCUGGAAAACUUUGGGUUUAUUUAUGAUUUUUCUUUCAUUGUAUUUUCUAGUAGCCCAGGGCUGAAGUUCCAGAUAACUGCAGCAAUGAUCAGAAUGGUUCCCUGUUCAGUCUGUUUUGAAUUUGGCAUCCUGUGUUGAUGUAACUUACGAGUCUUUUUGAUAUCUCUAAGCUGGGUAAAGCACUUAACUGGCUGUAGAUACAAAUCUAUCUUGACUUCCAAAGUGUGUGCCCAAGUGCAUUGCCUCAGCUGAGCCUGAGGAGCUCAUUGUUUCUUGCUGCUUGUGAUGUGGACUGGAGCAUAAGAAUGUUGGCAGGCAUUUCUGCACUCAUUUAUAAACAACCUCAGCUCUAGUAACAUGUAGUUGAACAACUGAGCAGCGUGUCUUUUAGAGCAGUGCAAAACAUUUCUAUCGCUGAUGUAUGGCAUGGGUUUGAUUUCUGGUUGACAAAGCUAGUUUGGUUCCAAAACUCAUUUUCUGAUUGAAGCAGGAUUAAUGUGACUGCCCUCAGUUUCAGAUGAUGUAUGUAAUUAUGUGGAGACUGAUACUGCUCUGCUGCAGUGGAAUUUCUGACAGAGGAAGGAGUGCAGCUCGUUGACCUCAGAUGCCCUGUUUAAACUCCCCACCGAUGCUGCUGGACUGUGGAUCAAGCCGUAGGUGUUUCUAGUCUUGCCAACAGAAGGAUAGAGGGAAAUUUCUGUGCCUAAGCUCUGUUGAUUGUAGAUUUGGGGCCUUAGUUAUAAGAUCUGUAAAUGAAAUAAGGGAAAAUAAAUGUUCAUGCUUGGGAAUGUAACUGUGAAUGUGAAUAUUGAAUAUGUGAUACCAUACAGCCCUACACAUUUCUGUUCUAUUUCUAUGUGGUUUUGUUGGUUCUCUCUCUGCUUCCAUUACAGAACUCUAGAUAGCUCUGAGGCUGUGCACAAGUCAUAAGCAGUGAAGAAAUAAUUUGCCCCACAGUUUCUGUAUGCUGCCUAUAGACAAAUAUCUUCAGAUAUUUGCAUUUCUGCCUUGCUCCAAGAAUCUCACUGACAAAUGAUGCUUGGAUUCCUUCCCUCCAUCAUAAGAAGGCAAAGCAAAGCAGCAGCAGUAGCCAUUCUGGAGGCUGAGAUUGCCUUAGGGGGUUGAGAUUUUGGUGCACCUUGACGUUGGCAUCCGAUCAAAAGUUGCUUCAUGUUCUCCCAGUGUCACUUCCUGACUGGCUGAAACAAUCCAUGCAGGCCUGUCCUCAAGGGCCUGCUUUCUCUUUACACCAAAACUCCCUCACAGCUCCCUGCACCUUCCUCUUCUGCUCUGUAUUUUCUACAUCCACAUACUUGAGCUUAAAGGUUUUUGCCUGCUCCUUGGGUGAAUGGAAUAUGUGAUAAGAUUUCAUC